AUGUAUCCCAUGGGGAACCAUACUGAGGUGACUGAGUUCAUCCUAGUAGGUCCAACCAAUGUUCCGGAACUUCAGAUCCCACUCUUUAUCUUGUUCACCGUUAUUUACCUCUUCACUCUGGUUGGGAACCUGGGAAUUAUUGGGCUGAUUCUCUUGGACUCUCGUCUUCAUACUCCCAUGUACCUUUUCCUCAGUAACCUCUCUCUCAUGGGCUUUGUGAACUCCUCUGCUGUAACUCCAAAGGUCAUGAAUGGGUUUCUUGUAAGAGACAAUGUUAUCUCCUACAAUGCACGUGCCAUUCAAAUGUUCUUUUUUGUAGGCUUUGCUACUGUGGAAAAUUUCCUCUUGGCCUCCAUGGCCUAUGACCGCUAUGAAGCAGUGUGUAGGCCCCUACACUACACUACCACCAUGACAACCAGUGUACAUAGAUGUCUCAUCAUUGGCUCCUAUGUCUGUGGUUUUCUAAAUGCCUGUAUCCAGGUUAGGGACAUUUUCACUGAUUAG